AUGAUGCAUCCGGCUUUGGCUUCUCCGUUGGAUCUGCGGCCGUCGGGAUUACUGUCAAUCGGAUCGUCCUCCGAUUCACCAAAUACCUCGCACCAACAUCCACAUCAUCCAGCGGCGCUAGCGACUGGAGUGCAUCAUCAUCAUCAUCAGCAACAGCAAAGCCAGCAGUCAGUGACCCGGAAUAGCAGUGCACCGGUACGCAAUCGAAGUAGGAGUAGCAGUAGCUCCGAGAAUGGUGCAACUUCCGGUGGCCACCCGACGGCAUUGGUGUCCGAUUCGGACGCGGCUACCGGCGGCACUGGAGCAGAUGGUCCACCAGCGUCGACUGGUGGCAGUGGUUCGACGGGAAAAUCGGGAUCUCAUCGAUCGCAGAGCUUGGUGAAGCCACCGUACUCCUAUAUUGCCCUCAUCACGAUGGCCAUCCUGCAGUCACCCCAGAAGAAACUUACGCUCAGUGGUAUCUGUGAGUUUAUUAUGACGAGGUUCCCUUACUACAAGGAAAAGUUCCCGGCGUGGCAGAACUCGAUCCGGCACAAUCUCAGCCUGAACGACUGCUUCAUAAAAAUCCCGCGCGAACCGGGCAACCCGGGCAAGGGCAACUUCUGGACGCUCGAUCCACUGGCCGAGGAUAUGUUCGAUAAUGGGAGUUUCCUGAGGCGCCGGAAACGCUACAAGCGAACGACGCUCGCGCAAAGUAUGGCGUUCCCCGGAGUGUUCGGUCCGUUCGCUCCCUUCUGGAUACGGAAACCCGUCCCGGUCAUACCGAUGCACCAGUUCGGUCCAGCGCAUGCCGCCUCAGCUUCAGCGAUGGCGGCCGGAUUCGGUGCGGAUGGCGGUGCCGGUGCCGGUGGUCCGCUGACUAGUUUGGGUGGCAAUGGUCGAUCGGUUGCUAGUGACUUUCUGUUGGACAGUAAGCUAAAUCUUUUCGGUGCGGUCAAGAUGGAUGAUCUCAAUGUGGCGAUGAUGGAGAACAGUGAUUUCCUGCAGCGAAACGUCGAUAGCUUAAAGAUUUCGAGUGCGAUGAACAAGUUCUUUCACGGUUACCAUCAGGGUAGCGGUGGUCAGGGUGGUGCCAAUGGUGGUAAUCCAGCUAAUGGUCCUGUGCUCGAUCUCUAUGACGACACCGCUCACCAUGGGCUCGCGAGUCAUCAGUGUAACGGUCGUGAUGGUGGUUACUAUGGGAACGUGAAGCACGUGGUUGCUGGAAUGCCGUCGGGUGCUGGUGCUGGCGGUAUACCAGAGCGCACGGAAUCGGAGCAAAGUCAGCGGGAGCGCGAGUUUCCGGAAGCUGACCUAGACCUCUCCAGUGAUGAUCGAAUCGAUGUGGAAAGUGAAGAUGACUACAAAUCGCUGGCGGAUCGAAGAAGUCAGGCGUUGAUCUAUCGAGAGCUGCUGCUGGAUGGCGGGCGAAAAUCCGUUACACCGCCUCAGCAAAUGCCAGCAACGCCAAUACCGCCAAUCUCACCGCAGCACCAUCCUCCAGCAAGACCCACUUCGUCGAGCGGACCUCCAACACCCCGUUCAUCUAGUCCAUCGCGGGCAGCCCGUGAACCAGAUGAGUAUUACAUCGAAGAGGACGAACAGUCGGACAAGAUCAGCAGUGGUUCGAUAGAGGAACGAGAACGACAGCAGCAGCAGCAUCAGGAUCACCAUCAUACCGUCCGAAAGCAUUUCUAUACCGAUCUGCAACCGUCCACGCUGCCACUGGAACCGGGGCACGACGAAGCGGCCGGGAUACGCCGAGACGGUUUCGGUGGCGAAACGACAAAGUUGUUCGACGGUCUCGAGCCGGCAUUUGCUUCGCGAAAGCGCAAAUACGGCAACACGAAGGGUUUCAGCAUAGAGAACCUCAUCGGAUGCAACGUGGAGGACAGAUAA